CUGUCCUGGAUCAGAAAAUCCUAUGCACACAUGACGAAUGUGGGUUCCACGUUAUUACCGCUUUCCGUGCUUUAAUUGCCAUCAGGGGAAGCAACUCUACUGAACGGGGGAAGGACAUUAGCGGGGAACGACACGCGAAGCGGGAAAGCGGGCCGUAGGUUUAAAAGCGUACGGCAUGCCACGAAUCCUUCACAGUCGGUGCAGAGAAGUCCUGCAGACCGGAGAGCGAGCACAUCCUGGUGGACGGUGAUAUCCCUUCCCGUGUUUUGGAAUAGUGUUUAAACGAGCUGAUCGUUUGUUCGCCUCGGAGUAUAACGCGAAAGGAUGGCCCCAUUGAUUCUGUACCAUUUCCCGGGCUCGCCGCCAUCGCGAUCGGCUCUGCUUGCUUUGCGCAACUUGGAUCUGGAUGCUGAAGUGAAAAUAGUAAAUCUGUUCGCCGGUGAACACCUGGCGGAAGAGUUCAUCGCCAUCAAUCCCGACCACACCGUGCCGACGCUCGUCGACGAGGACUACAUCCUGUGGGAGUCGAAAGCGAUCGUCACGUACCUGGCGGAGCAGUACAAGCCGGGCAGCACGCUCUACCCGAACGAUCCGAAAAAGCGGGGACUCAUCAACCACCGUCUGUACUACGAUUCGGGCACGCUGUUCGUGGCGCUGCGUGACGUACUGAUGUCGGUGCUGCGGUCCGGUGCAACCGUGAUCACGCAGGAGAGGAAGGAUAACGUGCACAAGGCGCUGGAAAAGCUGGAAGCGUAUCUGGACGGGUGCGAUUGGAUUGCGGGCGAUGAGUGCACGCUGGCCGAUCUGUGCGCGCUGUCCAAUGUGGCUACGUUGAAGCAUGUCGGCGUUGGGUUUGACCCGUACCCGAACAUUAACGGUUGGUACGAGCGGUGUCAGGCGCUGCCAGGAUUCGAGGAGAAUGAUGAGGGUGCUAGCUUCCUUGGCAAUGCGGUCAAGUCGAAGCUCGAGGAAGCGUUUUAGAAAGAGUGAAUCGAGCAUGAGCCGGAUUUUACAGAGCGCACGCAUUAACCACACGAUGUUUGCACUGAUGUUUUAAACAACUUCAAGCAUAAUAAAAUGGCACCGUAAUAGCACCUAAAUGAAAGAGGUUGAGUUUGUGCGAAACUUCUAUCCUUUUAGGCAUCGGAUAAGAGCUAGCAGGUUUUUGGGGCGGUUGCGCGGCAAAGUCCUGGGUUCAAAUCCCAUCCGGACCUUUCCUCCGAAGUGAGUGGGCUGAAUAUCUAACUACGUGGUACGAUUAAGUGUUGUAAGCCGGGGAAAGAAGUCAUUAGGCCAAGAAGAGAAAGACGCAGCUGAAAGAAAAAAAGAUCUAAAUGCUGCGUGACAUAUUUUACUAUCAUUGAAUCACUUGCCAAAUUUUAUUUAAAUUCGUGUUUUCUUAUGAGAAUCACAACUCAAUGUCGCACACAGACACACUUUUCUUAUGUACAGUGGUAGUGCUUGUUUUAUGCUAUUCAGACAUUCAGAUGACACC